CGACAGCGCGCGAUUCGCUUGCGCGCGCGCCGGAAAACUCAUUCCGUCGCAUCGAUCGGCCGCGUCGAACGUUAGAUUAUUCGAAAUUCAAAAUGUCACGAACGAUAUGUGCUGUGUUACCCAAAAGUGUGCCAUAAUGUUUUUUAGCGACUGUGUGUAAUUAAUAUACCUAGUUUAUAAUCACAAAAAUCUUUCAAGAUGAUGUCCAAAAAGCAACUGGCGUGCAUGCUCGCGCUGCAUAUAGUGUACCUUCUAGUCGGUGCUAGCAUAUUCUACCACAUAGAGAGUCCUCUAGAACUAGCUCAGAGGGCAGAGGAUAAGUUGGAGAGGCUUGAAAUUCAAAAUCUCCUAUACGAGAACUACAUACCCGAUGAUCCUGACAAGCAGGACAGUAUACUCCGCAAGCUGUCUGACUACUGCGGGAAAUCCAUGUUCAACUACACCGCUGAAGAUGAGGAGCCGCCUCUCAGAUGGGACUUCUACCAUUCCUUCUUCUUCUCCUACACCGUCGUUAGUACCAUUGGGUACGGCAACUUGGCUCCGACGACUCACUUGUCGCGCAUACUAAUGAUAUUCUACGGUCUCUUCGGUAUUCCCAUCAAUGGUAUCCUACUCGCUAAUCUCGGUGAAUACUUCGGGAUGCAGCUAAUCUCAGUCUAUCGCAAGUACAAGAAGAGAAAUGAGAAGCGUGCUGACAAACUUGACUUUUUCUUCAUGAACCUGGGCAUGCUUGGUCAGAUAUUCCUCUACCUGAUACCUGGGUUCCUGUUCUUCAUCUUUCUCCCCGCCUGCAUCUUCGUCAUAUUCGAAGGCUGGGAUUACGUCGCUGGGGUGUACUAUGCCUUCGUUACGUUGACUACUAUUGGAUUUGGAGAUUUAGUAGCUGGCACCAUCAACAAUGGUUUCAAAUACGGCUACUUCUUCGCUUACCAGAUAUUCCUGAUCAUUUGGAUCACUUUUGGCCUGGGAUACAUCGUGAUGUUACUUGGUUUCAUAACCAGCGGUAUGAGGUCCGAAAAGGUCCACAAGCUUGAGAGGAAGUUUGCUUGUCAACUGAAGUCCACGCAGAGUAAGAUUUUACAAGGGUUCACGAGGGAUUUAGCCAUGAUUAGAAAGAUCAUAAACGAAGCAAACUUGAUAAAGAUAAAGCCGGUCUACGUUGAAAACAGAUUUCCAUUAUACAGAAGUUCAAGUUGUCCAAUUUUAACUUUCGAUGUGGAACCAAGGGUGCCAGUUUUAAAGAGGAAACGUGCUAACUCGGAAAAUAUACAGCUAAGUAAAAAGGAUAUAUUACGUAUACAAUCAGAUACUGAUUUACUUGGCAUUGACAAGGAAAGAACCUUUACUGCAUCAGCUAUUGUGAAACCUGCCGAGCUGCUAGCCAGGGUAGUUAAUGUCCUUGGCAAUUUUGAAAAUCACAAUAACAAAGGUAUUCACAUAUUCAACGAUGAAGACAUUUUAGCUAGUGAAAGAUAUCCACCGAAGUUCAGUAUUGGGCAAGAUUAUAUACCAGGCUCACCUUUUCGAACUAGAGCACUUAGCGUGGCUGUGCCUAAUUACAGGAAGGAAUCAGUAGAUAAAUUAGACCAUGACUAUACUUGGACCAACGGUGAUAACGCUGAAAAGUAUAGAAUGGAAGCUAACAUACGAACUGGCAAGUUAUCAUUGCCGCUAACUCCAUUAGCCCCAGUAGACAGCACACAGACAAAGAGUUUAUUCGCAAGACUGUUUAGAAAACCAAGUUCCAGUGAAAGUCCUGCUGAAUACAUCAAAAACACUAUGAAAGGUCGUCUUAGUAACACACCUGCUUCUAAUAACGAUAAGGGCCAAGAAAGACGUGGAAGUAUUUUCCCGAGCUUUGGGUCCAAAGACGAGCCUAAGAACGAUUCAGAAGUAUAUAAAGAGAAAACAAAGCGUGGUAGACACAGUAUUUUCCCAACUUUUGACUUUUCUGAAGACGAAGAUGCGUCUGCUUUCAAGGCAAAUUAUAGCAGGCCUAAAAGGCAUAGUAUAUUUCCAACAUUUGAUUUUAGCGAAGACACUCAUGAAGCAGCAGUGAAGGAAUACAAGCAAAAAUCUCGAUCUGGGAGGCACAGCAUUUUCCCAACCUUCGAUUUUAGCGAUCCAGAUGAAGACUCUCAACGCUACAAAGAGAAAACUCGUAAAGGCAGGCACAGCAUAUUUCCGACCUUUAAUUUUAAUGAUACAUCAAGCAACGAUGAAGACACUAUGGACGAAGAUGAAGUUCGAAGCUAUCAAAAUCGAACCCGAAAAGGUCGACUUAGUUUAUUCCCUACUUUUGGAAAGUCAAAGAAAACUGACGACGAAAAUAUUCCAGAAAGUUCAGAUGAGCUAGUCGAUUACAAGGACAGAACACGGCAAGGUCGUGGCAGUAUGUUUCCUUCGUUUGGCAAUUCUAGAAAAACUAGUUCACCGGAGUAUCCCAGUAAUAAUUUAGAAGCAAGCAUCAAACAAUAUCAUGAAAAAACUAAGAAAGGCCGGAAUAGUUUAUUUGCUGGAGAUAUUGACAGUUACAAACAAUCAACGUCGGGUGGCCGAGGUAGUCUAUUUUCUAAUGACCUUGAGAAUUACAGGAACAGAACCAGACAUGGUCGGCCAAGUUUAUUUGACCCGGACAUAAAUUUAAGCAACUUACCCGAAAAUGAGCAAGUGGAAGUAUUAGAAAAUACUAGUGUAGCUGACUUGAUACGUGCUCUCGCAGUUUUGGAAACAGCAAGCGCACAAACUUCCCCGUUGGAAACGGCAGGACUGAGUCCAGAGCCUAGGCGCCGAGACUCUAUUCGGCCAGAAAUAUCUCAUACUACUAGAAGUGAUAUUGAUGAAAUGAUAGGACCGAGACGAAGGAGGAUUUCAGUUAGGCAAGCCGCACCUCAAUUUACCCCAACACUAGCUACUGUAGUGGCUGGUGCAGAACUACAAAUAACGGCAGCGGCGCAGAGAGAAAAUAGGAUGACGAUGUUGAAUCAGCCGCCUCCUCCCUAUACAGAGAGCGCAGAAGCUGGAUCCAGUAGUUCACCAAGAGCUAGAAAAUAUUCUCCAGCACCAGUAGAUUUAAGCAAAUCUAGUAGCGCACCAAUACCUAGACUCUUUUCGAGGAUACGAAAAGAUAGCGCCUCCGUUAGUGAGGAGAGCUCGCGACGUAAUAGUUUAACAGACAUUGUAAUUGAGUCGAAUAAAGACAAAACAUAAUCGAAAUGUGAUUUUCUAGUGAUGUUAAUUUAUUGUAUUAGAUAGAUUUAUUUAAUGUUAUUAAUAUUAUCUAAGCCGUCCACACGUUGCGCUUUACGAUUGCCAUUCCUAUAAUGUAAUCUACUUGUGUAAAUUACAUGUCGAAUGUUAGAUAUAAUAAUAAUUAAUUAAACUUA